GAAAUUAUGUACAAAAAAUAAGGUAAUUGCGUUUAAAAGCAUUAAAUAAUUUUUACUGCCAGCUGUGGCAAUUAAAAUUUAAAAAGUUUGUAUGAGUGCCACUUCCACGUGGCGCGGAUAUGUGGAGAAAGGAUAUUAUAAAAUAUAUUGAUCGCAGCCUGUCUGGACUGAUGGCGGCGGCAGCAUCCAGUGCCCGGCAGGGACGCAAGUACGCAGAAGGCACCCAGCCCUUCACCGUCCUUAUCGAGGGGAACAUCGGCAGCGGGAAGACCACCUACCUGAACCACUUCGAGAAGUACAAAGAGGACAUCUGCCUGCUGACCGAACCCGUUGAAAAGUGGCGCAAUGUGAACGGAGUCAAUUUGCUGGAGCUGAUGUACAAGGACCCCAAGAAGUGGGCCAUGCCCUUUCAGAGUUAUGUCACGCUUACCAUGCUGCAGGCGCACACCGCGCCCACCGACAAGAAGCUAAAAAUAAUGGAGCGCUCCAUUUUUAGCGCUCGCUACUGCUUUGUGGAGAACAUGCGACGCAAUGGUUCCCUAGAGACGGGCAUGUUCAACACACUGGAGGAGUGGUACAAGUUCAUCGGGGAGUCCAUCCACGUGCAGGCAGACCUCAUUAUCUACCUGCGCACAUCUCCGGAGGUGGCGCACGAGCGCAUCCGCCAGCGGGCCCGUUCCGAGGAGAGCUGUGUGCCGCUCAAGUACCUCGAGGAGCUCCACGAGUUGCACGAGGAUUGGCUGAUACACCACAGACGCCCGCAGUCUUGCAAGGUCCUCGUUCUCGAUGCCGAUCUGAAUCUAGAAAACAUCGGCAGCGAGUACCAACGCUCGGAGUCCAGCAUCUUUGACGCAAUCUCCAGUAACCAACAGCCUCCGCAGGUUCUCGUUUCUCCCAGCAAACGCCAGCGCGUCGCCAGAUAAUCAGUGAGGAUCUUGUUGCUGAAACCCUUAACCCAUAUAGUACCUAAUUGUGUGUAGUACAGACUAUUAUAAUUUAAGAGGCGCAGACGAGCCAAUCCGCGGGACGAAGGCAAAGAUCCACUUUCACAUCAAGUCCCUGAUUAACGCAUUCGUAUUUUAACAAUUAUAAUCCACAUUAUAUUCUCAUCACAGAAACUAGUUUGUAAGCUUAAAAAUUGUAAUAAAAACUGUGGGUGUUUAUUUUAAAUGAA